AUGAUUGAAAUUAGUCGGACUGUCGCCUUGCUGGAGGCGAGACCUAGCUCUCCUUCCUCGUCAAUUCCAUUCAUCUUCUUUCGACAGAGGAGGUCUAACAGCCGACAACCCUGGAAUGUUGAAAGACACUUCUACCCUUCCCUCUGUAUUCUUCUUCCCCCGUUAGUUCUCUUCCACCGCGACCUAAAAACACAAGCCGCAUACCCAAAAAAACACAGCUGGAUAUUGCCGACAGCUCCACAUCGACAGCCGGCUAUUGCCUCAUCGCCAGUCGCCGCCAUCUCUCCUGAUAGUGCCUCAUCGCCGGACGCCACCAUCUUGCUCGCCAUCUCGCCUCAUAUUCUUUAUGCAGUGCUUGAGGUUGAUGAUGGUGUUUUUGAGGUACUUUCAACCUCAGGAGACACCCAUUUGGGAGGAGAUGACUUUAACAAGAGAAUUGUUGAUUGGCUUGCUGAAACUUUCAAGAGGGAUGAAGAUUGCCCAAAACAUAUUGAUACUACACUAACAAGGGCAAAGUUUGAGGAGUUGUGCUCAGAUUUACUAGAUAGGCUAAAGACGCCUGUUGAAACAACAUUAAAAGAUGCAAACCUCUCUCUGAAAGAUCUUGAUGAAGUGGUUCUUGUUGGUGGAUGA